AUGUCUUGGCCAAUACCGCCUUCAGCUCAAUGGAACACUGGCAUAGCUAUGUCAUCUAAUAUGAAUCUGGGCUUUACACCUGAGCAGUGGGCUUUAAUGCAACAACAAAAUUGGCAACAAUGGAGCCAGUGGCAGCAACAAUAUUCUCAGUGGCAAUCUCAAUAUGGGGAAAAGUAUGCAGAACAAAUGCACUCAAUGGGAAUGGUGCCGCCUUUGCCCCCGAUGAGUUGUGCUCCACCGCCUGCACCACCUCCACCAGAUCAACCACCACCACCACAUCAAAAUGAUCAGCCUUUAUAUGAUCUUCAAAAACCACCACCACCCCCUGUACCGGUACCGGUACCGGUACCGGCCGGCACCGGCACCGCCAUCGGCACCGCCAUCGGCACCAGCACAGCUGUCGUUACCGCCACCGGCACUGGCACCGACACCAACACAAGUUCUGAACAAACC